UCAGAGCACACCAACAAUAGGAACAGGACCUGACCGUGAUCACACUUCAGGCACAGGAUAUUAUAUGUACAUUGAGACAUCACUACCACAAAAACCUGGUGAUGUUGCAGACCUCACAUCAGGUCUGCAGGCACCAACAAGUGCCACAGGAGUGUGCCUACAGUUUUGGUACCAUAUGUAUGGAAUUCAUGUGGAGACGCUCAAGGUCUUCCUGGACCAAGGUUCAAAUCGUACAUUAAUGUGGACUCGAUCAAAUACGCAAGGCAACAUUUGGAGACAGGGCAUGCGUACCAUCAUUAGUCUUCAACCAUACAGGGUUGUCUUUGAGGGCGUAGUUGGUGUCAGCUACCUGGGUGACAUUGCAAUUGAUGAUGUUUCCCUCGUUGAUGGACCCUGUCCUCCUUCAUUGGAAUGUGACUUUGAGGUAGACUUCUGUGACUACACCCAGAACACAGAUGAUAACUUUGACUGGACUCGCCAUGCAAACUCAACCUCUAACAAUGGUACAGGCCCAUCAAGUGAUCAUACAACACGCAAUGGAUUUGGUUAUUAUGCAUACAUAGAUACUUCAGUCCCACGUGGUCCUGGUGACCGUGCUGUCAUUACUAGCCCUGCGCAGCAACCGUCUUCACUCAGUCAGUGUUUGACCUUUUGGUAUCACAUGUAUGGCAACAAUGUUGGUCAGUUAAAUGUCUCCAUCAUUUCAAAUGGCAUACCUUCAGCAUCUCCUGCUUUUAGUCAGCAAGGUAACCAUGGAAAUUUCUGGAUGCAAGCCUCCAUCACUUUGUCACCACCAACUACCCCAUGGCAGAUCAUGUUUGAGGGUGUUGUGGGACAAGACCAUGUGGGAGACAUUGCCAUUGAUGACAUCAAGGUAAAACAAGGUGACUGCCCUCCACCUGGUACCUGUGACUUUGAGAUUGACACUUGUGGCUACUUCAAUGUUCAGGGCAUGGAUGACUUUGACUGGCUUCGCUCAGCAGGCAGGACUCUUGUUGCUGGAACUGGCCCAGCAGUUGACCACACAUCUGACUCUGAUGCAGGUUUUUAUAUGUACAUGGAGGCAAACUCAAGGAGUAUGUAUCAACGAGCAUGGCUGUACAGCUCCGCAAUCCCUCCAGGCCCACAGAUAUGCAUCAGCUUCUGGUACCAUAUGUAUGGACAAGAUGAGGGCACUUUACAACUGUACCAAGUUGAAGCUGCACGUACUGUGAGUUUAAUGAAUGUCACAGGAGACCAGGGCAAUUUCUGGCACUACUGGGAGACUACCACAAGUUGUAGCUACUACUUUCAGCUGACAUUUGAAGGUACAGUGGGGAAAGGCUAUCAGGGGGAUAUUGCCAUUGAUGAUGUGUCAGUGAAACCAGGAAACUGUACUGGUCCACCAUCUGCUACUGACACACCAGGAAUUUCACAAGUUACUUAUCCACCCACACAGUAUGACUGUAACUUCGACCAGGCAAACAUUUGUACUUGGACUCAGGACCCCACAGACAAGUUUGACUGGACUCUGCAUCAUGGUACAACUUCUUCUCUGCAGACAGGCCCUAGUUAUGACCACACACAGCAGAACAGCCAUGGUUACUAUAUAUAUACUGAAGCAUCCAAUCAGCCUGCCAAUGCCACUGCCCGCAUUGUUAGCCAAAAUAUGACCAUAGGGGAUGUUGGAACAUGUGUUCACUUCUGGUUUCACAUGUAUGGCAGCAGUAUUGGAACACUCAAUGUCUAUGGUCAGCAAGGCCAGAACCUGGGAAGCCCCCUGUGGACAAGAUCAGGUGAACAAGGAGACAAGUGGAUCAGUGCAGCUCUGUACCUCACACCUCAAGCUCUCUCCCCUCCUCAGAGUCAGCCAACUCUUGUGCAGAUUAUCUUUGAAGGUGUGGUUACUGGGGGCUACUCCGGUGACAUAGCAUUGGAUGACAUCUAUUUUAAUGAUGGCAACUGUCCUAAAUCAGUGAAUUGUGAUUUUGAAUCAGAAGACAUUUGUGGGUAUACUCAAGAGACAAAUGGCAAUUAUGACUGGACUAGGCAAAGGGGUCACACACCAAGCACAGGAACAGGGCCUGCCACAGACCAUACCUAUGGCACAAUGAGUGGAUAUUAUAUGUAUGCUGAAGCUUCUGAUGCAAAUCCUGGUGACACUACAACACUGUUAAGUCCUAUGCAGCCUGCCACAACAGGCAAGUGCCUGCACUUUUACUACCACAUGAGUGGCACAGGCAUGGGAACACUGAGGGUGUCCUUCAGGGCCAGGGGUAUAAUUUACAUAUUGUGGCGCCGCUUUUCUGACCAGGGUGAUGUGUGGCAUACAGCACAGGUCUCCAUCGAUUCCAACUUCCAGUACCAGGUGGAGUUUCAAGCUACACGGGGCAGUACUUAUCAAAGUGACAUAGCUAUAGAUGAUAUUGAGCUACAAGAUGGUCUCUGUCCCCCACCAGCCUCAUGUGACUUUGAACAAGGACAAUGUGCCUGGAGCAAUGACAACACUGGUGAUGAAUUUGACUGGAUUCGCUCUCAAGGUUCCACCAUCACUGCAAAUACUGGCCCUACAAGUGACCACACUCUGCAGAAUAUUAAAGGGCACUACAUGUACAUAGAGGCAUCUCAACCUAGAAAAACUGGAGACAGAGCUCGACUGCAUUCAGAAAUUCUGAAAAACAGUUCACAUCCCCAGUGCCUCACCUUCUGGUACAGCAUGAAUGGUGUUGGCAUGGGUACCCUCUCUGUAUAUAAGGACUUGGUCACUAACACUUCAAAACUUAUUCAGCUCUGGACCCUGAGUGGAGACCAUGGAGCUCAGUGGCAGAAAGCCUCAGUCCCUGUUAGAGAAAACAAGGAAGAGUUUAUGCUGGUGUUUGAAGGAGUGGUUGGCAGUUCCUACCUCAGUGAUAUGGCCAUUGAUGAUGUCAGUCUGACAGAUGGAGACUGCUCUUCUAGUAGUCAGCCAUCACCAUUUACCUGCAGAAAUAAGCAGACUGUGACUAGUGAUAAAGUGUGCAACUUUGUGAAGGACUGUUCUGAUGGCAGCGAUGAGGUUCAGUGUGGAAACUGUACCUUUGAGGUAGAUUUGUGUGGGUAUAAUGACAUUAGCAAGGGUUCUUUUAGGUACCUGCGUACCAGUAAUGCUACAUCAACAAAGAGUCUUCCAAUUCCAUUUGACCAUUCUUACAACAAAAACAAUGGAUACCUGCUAUAUGUGGACACAAGCCAAGGAACUUUCAACUCUUUGGCCACAUUAGCAAGUCCUGUACUUCAUCAGUCUUCUCCAGCCUGCCAGCUGUAUUUCUACUACUUCAUCAUUGGUAGUGCUGGUGCUGGUCAGCUUCAGGUCUCUGUCAUGACUGGAGACACCAAAACCAUUGUCUGGCAGCUCCGUACCAGCUCUGUUACUAACCAGUGGCUACUUGCUGUGGCAGACAUAGGUGCUUUUAAUGGAGACUUCCAGAUUUACAUAGAAGCCAAGAGAUUUUUGUCAUAUGGCAGCCUUGUCAUAGAUGAUGUUCAGCUCCUUAACUGUGGAUACCCAUCACCACAAACAUAUUGCCCUCCUGGUUCCUUUCAGUGCCAGAUGGGAUCGUGUAUUAACGAGGAUCAAGUGUGUGAUGGGGAGAAGGACUGUGGUCAGCAGGAUAAUAGUGAUGAAGCCACCUGUACGGCUGCCCACAUGUGUGACUUUGAGCACUCACUCUGUGACUGGGCUCAGGAUGUCACAGAUGAUUUUGACUGGGUAAUCAUGAGUGGUCAGACCCCAACUCCAGACACAGGUCCCUUUCGUGACCACACUACAGGUCUUGUGACAGGACAUUAUGUUUACACAGAGUCUUCUGCACCACGUCGCUCUGGUCAAAAGGCAAGACUACUUAGUCCAGUAAUCCAGCCUACUACAGCCAGUGACAACUGCUAUCUUGUUGUCUACUACAACAUGAAUGGUAGAACUAUGGGUGACUUUAAUGUCUACAUGCAAACAUCAUCCAAUGGUUACCCUAGCACUUUGAUUCAUCGCUCAGGUGACCUUGGUCCUGUGUGGGUGCGAGAUUCACGACUUCUUGUUUCUGCUCAACCAUUUUCUCUUAUAGUUGAAGGUGUUAUUGGCUCUAGCUAUUAUAGUGACUUAGCUGUGGAUGACAUUGUAUUGUCAGCAGGCUGUAGAUUUUCACAAAAUACUCUUCCUACAGCUGGUUACACGGUAACUGACACAACCCCCAGAGUUUGUGCAACGAGCCAGUACCAGUGUGCAAAUGGCGACUGCAUAGACCAGUCUCGUUACUGUGACUUCUCCAAGGAUUGUUCAGAUGGCUCUGAUGAGUUGACAUGUGGCGUCUGCAAUUUUGAGGCAGGACUGUGUGGCUACAAAGAUUUAAGUGUUGGACGCUACAACUGGACACUGAGCUACCCAGCUUUGAUGGGGGUGGUGGGCCCAGCUUCAGAUCACACUCUGGGAAAUAGACAGGGUCACUAUGCUUACGUGGAGGGUGACAGAGGAGUGUUUCAACAAGUGGCCAGACUGCAAAGCCCUCCAUUGCCAGCACUUUCUACUAACUGCAUUAUAAAUGUUUUUUACUAUAUUUCAAGUCACCAGUUUGGUUCCCUUCAAGUGGGGAUGACUGUUAAUGAUUCCUUUAGACCCAUAUAUACCUUGUCUUACAAUCUUUGGUUAGAAUGGCGGUCCCUAAAUGUGUACAUAGGCAGAUUAGGUGGUCUACCAGCAGGCUCUCAUCUUGAGUUCCGUGUGAUGCCUGGCCAAGGAGCUCUUGUCAACAACUCUGCUGAUGUGGCAAUAGAUGAUAUUACCUUUACUUACUGCAAUCCAAGACAGCUACCCCCCACUGUCAGCUGCACUUUUGAGACUGGCUUCUGCAUCUGGAACCAGAGCACCAGUGACCAGAUGGACUGGUUAAGGCACCAGGGCUCAGCACCAACUGCACACACUGGCCCAUCUGGUGACCAUUUAACAGGUGCAGGUUACUACGCCUACAUUGAAACAUCACCACCAACAAGACCAGGUGAUUCAGCAGUCCUGCAGACUCCAUGGCUGCUGCCUACAGAUUCUACAGGUUACUGUUUGACUUUCUGGUAUUACAUGUUUGGAUCGACCAUGGGUAAUCUCACACUUAACUUAAUGACAUCACAGGGCGUUCAGACAUUCUGGUCUAAACAUGGACCUCAGGGUGAUCAGUGGAGACAAGCCAAGCGCACCAUUAUUUCCACAACAGAGUACUCCCUCUUCUUCCAGGCUUCUUCAGGUGGUUACCUUGGAGACAUUGCAAUAGAUGACAUCUCAGCAUCAAGGGGACCUUGUCCUCCUACACCAUCUUGUGACUUUGAAGAGGACACAUGUUCGUGGACACAGAGCAGCAUGGGUAAUAUCAACUGGACCAUGGGCACCAAUGGUUCCACAGCCAUGGGAACAGGACCAAGACUAGAUCACACAUUUGGUUCAGACUCAGGCCACUUUUUGUUUCUACGUGGAGCAGAUCUGGAGAUAAGGCAGUUCUUACCAGCACAUUACUUAACGGUGUUUCAUUAUUUUGCUUACAGUUCUGGUAUUACAUGCAUGGACAACAUACAGGGUCACUGAAUAUAUCUGUCACUGUAAAUGGAACUUCCCCACCUCA